GUUAGGUUAUUUAGGCCCUAUAGCUUUUUCAUUAAGAAUUUUUUGUUUUUAAUUUGGGAAGGUAACUUUAUUGAGGCAUUAAAAAAAAAUAACCUCUGCAUUCUAGAGAUGAGGGACCCUGAGUCAAUGGAUGUUUUUCUGUAGGGAUGAGUAAAGUCUCUCCUGCUUUAUUUUUUGAGAUGGCUGUAGGAUGGGAAGGAAGGUGGUGAAAAAUUGCCUGGGAAAUGACAGUAUUUGGGGAGGGAGUAGAAGAGGCAGCCUUGUGCAAUUACUGUGUUGGGGGGAAGGGAGGAGAGGGGUGACAUGCACUCAGAAGGAGCCAGAUUCGUUAGCUGAGGGUGCGGUUGAAGGGGGGAGGCAGGCCCCCCAAUCCUAAUUGAGGGAUAUCAUCUCUCGGGCUUAAAUAAGUGCACUUAGUUAUUGUAACCCCAGGCACUGGGGUACCUACUGAGGCUGUUGUUGGAGAGGGGAGAUUUUCAGGGCUUUUAUUUUUCCCUUUUUGAUUUAAGACAGUGCUACCCCCUCUACUCACCCUAGAUCUCCAUCUCAGCCCUGAAGGAGCAAAUAGAUCUAUAGGACACGCCUCCAGAUUCCUUUUAUGUUGGUUUGAUUGAGAGUUACAAGAUUUAACCAAACAUUUUUCCCUCACACUGGAUUCUACAGCAAAAUGAUGAUAUUAAAAGGUUUUUGUUUUUUUUUUAAAGAUUCAGUCUCUUCAUGGAGUGGUAUGGUGUUCAGCUCAGUGCUCUGUGGGGCCUGGAGGGAAGUUCCUUCCCUCUGCUGUUGGCUGUUUCUUCUCAAGUGAAACUAAAGCUCACAGACCAACUAAACAAAAGUCAGCAAUGAGUGUUUAGUGUAUGUUUGGGAGUGAUACUGAGCUGGAAAGGAUGGAGCUGGUUCUGAAUGACUUCUGAGAACCUAGCUUUUGCUAUUCUUACCACUUUCUAAACAGCCACAUGUCCAAAGUUCCAGUCACAUUUUAUCUUUCCCAAUAAAGGAGUUUCAAAGAUAAUUGUCCCCAAGUUACUCCGACACCUCUGGACUCUGCAUUCUCUUCUUUCUCCAAGGAGUCAGUGCCCCAGACCCACCACCACAGGUGAGAAGACAGAAUUAGUAGUCCUUCUCGUCCUGGAAUCACCUGCACCACAGAUUUUUCUAAUUUCCUUUUCCCUCCAGGCCCUUCAACUACAGAUUCAGUGACUCAUACAGGCAGUCUGUUUCUUCCACUUUAUAGAAAUCACAGGCUGUUUUGCCCCCUGAACUUAAGUGGAUUAACAGAAUAUUAUACCCUCCAUGGAGACUUUCUCCACAACCCCUCCUUUUACUGGCCACUUGGGUAAGAGGUGCUAGAAAAGAGGAAGGGAAGCUGGCUGCCAGGAGCACAGAGAGGAGUGGGGGUGGGGAGGACCUUGGCCUCUUUCUGUGCUUAUAACUGGAUCUAUGAUUCAUCUUGUGAGUCACUCAGCUCCACCUCCUUCCUCUAGCAGCCCCUCCCAGCAGCCUUCAUGCCUGGCACAAACCUGCAACCAGACCAGGAUUCUGAAAAUGGGAAAAUCUGAUACAAACCCUUGCCUCUCCACCCUUCCUUCCAUCCACUAAACCUCCACUGGGUGUGGGGGGUGGUCGGGGGGCGGGGGGUCCUCCUGUUACUCAACACUCAGCUGCUGUCCCCUUUGCAUUCCUGGUUAGGUGCUGAUCCAUGUCACCUAUCUUUUUUCUGGCUCUGACCUUCCCCAUCCCCCCUCAUGUUUUCUCUAUUCUGCUGUUCCUACACCUCAAGUAUUAAAGGAUAGAAUGAGGCUCUUGACUGAAGGGUGGUGGGGAGAAGGAAAAUGGAUAAUGGAUUUUUAAAUUGUGGUACACACCUUUUUCUAUUGCCACAGAACUUGGGAAAUAUUUUCUUCCCGUGAGGGAUUGAGGCUGAUGGAAUGCAGGUGGGGGUGGGGAAUGUAGCAGCUUUUAGGACUUCUAGAAUCAGGCUUCUGGGACGCCUUCCUAGCAGGUGUAUGCCUCUUUGUUCCAGAUGGACUCCCUGUCUCACAAUAUCUUCACUAUUUCCACAGUUGCAGCCAAGACAGGGAACUUUUCAAAACUGAGGCCGGAAGGGUGUGUGUGCUGGGGGAGGAGAGUUGAGUGUCACUCUGGAAAACUCGGGACCCCACCUAAGGACUGCUGCCUCUGUACAAACUCAAAAUCAAUAAAACAGCAGCUCUGUAAUUCCUUACUUUGUAGCUUCUUUUGUCUUUUUCAUAUCUAAAGGUAGAUUUUUGCAUACCUACCCUAGUUACUCUUCCUUUACUUUCCUCCUACAGCCCUCCCCACCCAUCUUUGCUUCUUGGGUUUCAAGGGGGAGCUUUGGGGGAUGGGACUGUUGCACUGAACAGAGGGUUCCAGCCCUCAGCUUUCAAAGUCCUUAACAUGAAUCAUUAAUUUGGAGAUCUGAUGUCUGGGCUGGAGGGAGGGCUCCUGUACCUGGAAUGGGCUCUAGUUUCCAAUUGUUUGGAUGAUGUGUGUGUGUGUGUGUGUGUGUGUGAUUAAGUGUUAAGAUCUUUUCUUUGGGCCUCCCACCCCCAGCCACAGAACUUGCAUGUACCUGUACCUGUGUCAGCAUCCUGCAGAUAUUUCAGUUUCUCUCCCUAUUCUUCCACUGCACCCUUCACAUGAGAUACGUUUCACGCUCUCUGGAGAAGGAUAUACAAAAACACUUCCACUCGCCACCACCCCAAUUCUUGGGCUUCCCCAGGCAAAAAUCCCGAGGGCCAAUUUCCAUUUAUUUCUUCUCAACUACUUUAGUUCAGACUGUCAGGAGAGGUUGUAAGGAGGCCUGAAGUACUUUUAAUCAUUCCUCACAUCCCCUUAAAGAAGACAAAAACAGCUUCCCAGGGAAACCAUCAGUGAGAGUCCAGGGAAGUGGCCCAAAUGAUUCCAGUUUAAUACUUGUCAUUACUGCUUCCCUCAAAUAGUCUCCAAAGCUCAUGAACAGAAAGAGGAUAGGAUCUGGGUUUGGAGUAAAGAAGGGAAUGUGGUUAUUUUCUCAGUUCUUCAAUUUUUCCCCACCUUUCUUAGGCUCUUCCACUUUCUCUCCACUUUUCCAAAAUUGUGUGUCUUCUCCUUUAAGGGGCUGGGCAUCUCGUCCGCCCUCUCCAGAGUCGACUGAAGUUUCCGUGGAGCCUUCUCUAGCUGGACUGGACACACCUUUCAGAAGACCCCAAAUCGUGCUCCUUGCACCUCAAGUGCUGCUUUCCCUGAAUCUUCCUCCUGCCCCUCUCCCUGACUUCCCUCCUGCUAGCUACAGGAUUCAGCCUCUCCCCAAGGGGCUUGAGCAUCCUCGAGGUUUUCCACCCUUGACCGCUCCAUCCCCGGAUGGAGCCAGAGAAAUGUGGUGGGGGGGCCGGGGCCAGAGUUUCAACAUCGCCCCCCAGAAGGAAGAGCCAGAGAUGGGGCUCUCUGGACCGAAGUCUGUCCAGGGGACUGGGAUGCCAGAGCCCAGGAGUCGUCAGCUGGGCAGCUGCCUGGCCUCUGGAGGCCUCCCAGGGGAGCAGAUUCUAGCAUGGGCCCCAGGGGUGAGGAAGGGGCUGGAACCUGAAAUGCCUGGAACCCUGAUCUGCAGCAACUUGAGGGUCACCUUCCAGCCCCGUGGAUGGCAGCGGAGUCAGGAGACUCCCCUGAGCAGUGAGUAUGAUUUUUCCCUGGCCAACAUUGGGCGAUUAGAGGCUGUGAAUGGCCCGUCCCGAGUCCAGCUCCUCCGUCCAGGGUCCCUGCUUAAAUUUAUCCCUGAGGAGAUUCUGAUUCAUGGCCAAGACUUUCGGCUACUCAGAGUCGGUUUUGAGGCUGGAGGACUAGAGCCUCAGGCCUUUCAGGUGACCAUGGCCAUUGUCCAAGCCAGAGCUCAGAACAGUCCAGCCCAACAGUAUGCAGGGAUAACCCUGAGCAAGGCUGGCCAGAGUUCUGACUCCAGAAAACCACCUAUUCCCCUCUUGGAGACAAUAGAAGACUGGGAGACUGAGCGGAAAAAGCAGGCAGCCAGAGGCUGGAGGGUCAGCACUGUCAAUGAGAGGUUCGACGUAGCCACCAGCCUCCCCCGUUACUUCUGGGUCCCUAACCGAACUCUGGACAGUGAGGUCAGGAGAGCAUUUGGCCACUUCCAUCAGGGCCGUGGACCGCGCCUGUCCUGGCAUCACCCUGGGGGCAGUGAUCUUCUUCGUUGUGGGGGCUUCUAUACAGCCAGUGACCCCAACAAGGAGGAUAUCAGAGCAGUGGAGUCCAUGCUUCAGGCUGGGCAUUCAGACGUUGUCCUGGUAGACACCAUGGAUGAGCUGCCUAGUCUUGCAGAUGUCCAACUUGCCCACCUGAGGCUGAGGGCCCUCUGCCUGCCUGAUUCAUCUGUAGCUGAGGAUAAAUGGUUCUCAGCUCUGGAAGGAACACGAUGGUUGGACUACACCAGGUCUUGUCUUCGAAAGGCCAGUGACAUCUCAGUCUUAGUGACAUCCAGGGUUCGCUCUGUAGUACUUCAAGAGCGCGGUGAUCGUGAUUUCAAUGGCCUCCUCUCUUCACUCGUCCAGCUGCUUUCAGCCCCUGAAGCCCGAACACUGCUUGGCUUCCAAUCACUAGUGCAACGAGAGUGGGUGGCAGCUGGACAUCCUUUCCUGACCCGACUUGGGGGAUCUGGGGCCAGUGAAGAGGCCCCGGUGUUUCUCCUCUUCCUUGAUUGCGUCUGGCAGCUCCUCCAGCAGUUUCCAGCUGAGUUUGAAUUUUCUGAGUUCUUCCUUCUUGCUCUUCAUGACAGUGUCAGAGUUCCUGACACCCUUACAUUCUUGAGAGACACUCCCUGGGAGCGUGGAAAGCAGAGUGGACAGUUCAACAACUAUACACAAGUCUAUACCCCUGGGUUCCCAGGGGCUGGGAACUCUAUUAACCCACAGCUAUCUGUCUGGGACUGGAAUUUACGCUACAGCAAUAAACAAAUACUACAAUUCCGUAAUCCUGGCUAUGACCCAGAACACUGCCCAGAUUCCUGGCUCCCUAGACAGCAGCCAAGCUUCAUGGUUCCUGGGCCCCCCAGUUCCGUGUGGCUCUUCUCUAGAGGGGCCCUGACACCCCUGAGUCAACUCUGUCCUUGGCGGGACAGUCCUUCCCUGCUGGCAGUCUCUUCUCGUUGGCUCCCUCGACCUGCUAUCUCUUCUGAAAGCCUGGCUGAUCAGGAGUGGGGGCUCCCCUCACACUGGGGAGCUUGCCCUUUACCCCCGGGACUGUUGCUGCCUGGAUGUCUGGGACCCCAGAUCAGGCUCUGGAGACGCUGCUACCUGAGGGGAAGGCCUGAGGUCCAGAUGGGCCUCUCAGCUCCCACAAUCUCUGGUCUCCAGGAGGAGCUAUCCCAUCUUCAGGAGUUAUUAAGGAAAUGGACACCACGAAUAUCUCCCGAGGAUCACUCCAAGAAAAGAAACCCAAACACCAUUCUCUCCCAAUCCCGUUGAAAUUGCUUUCUCACGGGCAGGGCAGAAGGUGGUCUGGAGGGAAGGGAGAGUUUUGUCUAAUCCUUCCUUUUUUCUUAUCUGGUCUUGCUGCCUCAGCUUUCAUAAACAAGAUCACUGACCUGAGUUUCUAUUGAAGAUGAGUGGUGCUAACCGUAUCCAACUCUUACCCUGCCUUGUUUGGUUUAAAUAGUUCUUGUCAUUUGAAGAAUUAAGGAACAAAAACAAUCCAGAACGACUGCCUCUUUUUUUCAGGGCAAUUCGAUGUCUUUGGGAUUGAAAUUUUGGAUAUCGCGCUGGUAAAUUGUGAUAAUCAGAUAUACUGUUUAUCAGUGCCAACGAGAUGGCCCACGGACCUCCUUCUCACCUCCUCUUGCUGCUUCUUUAAUUCCAAUUUCUAUUUCUUCCCUUAUAGUUUUCUAUGGGUAUGAAAUAUACACGGGACACCCUAUCUCUUCCAAUUAUAUAUUUUCGUCGUGACAUUUCUAUUUAAGGAGUUCAUUAAAGCACAAUAUUUAUACACGCC